GAGGCGAACAGUUAAAGUGGGAUUUCCUCUCAGUGGGUUUGUGUAAAGCGAUGCCGUUUCUCGUCUCUUAUUUCCUGGCGUUGUUUAAAACGGCAUUCCUCCGCGCGUUGCCCAUAGCGACAGCGCGUCAGGCUGUUUAUUUACAGCCUGGUUUUUGAGCCGCCGAGGUUGCUGCAGGACUGGCCGAGCGCAGAGGGGCUGAGGGGGCCAACAUGUAAGCCAGUACUCGCCCUUUUCUCACAAGCGCCUCUUGUUUUGCAUUGCUCGGGGUAGAAUCAUGGCUCUGGGGCAGAAGCACGGGCGCCUGCUGUGCAUGCUCUGCCUAACUUUCAGCUUCUUCGUCGUGGAGCUCGUGGUGAGCAGAGUGACCGCGUCUCUGGCGAUGCUGUCCGACUCCUUUCACAUGCUGUCCGAUGUGAUCGCCCUGCUCGUGGCGCUGGUGGCCGUGCGCUUCGCCGAGAAGACCCAUGCCACCAGCAAAAACACGUUCGGCUGGAUCCGAGCCGAGGUCAUGGGCGCUCUGGUAAACGCCGUGUUCCUCACCGCGCUCUGCUUCACCAUCUUACUGGAGGCCGUGGAGCGCUACGCGGACCCCCACGAGAUCGAAAACCCACAGGUCGUGGUGUGGGUCGGUGUGGCCGGACUUCUCAUAAACCUCCUGGGGCUUUUCUUGUUCCACGGUCACGCUGGAGCUGGAGGGCACGGACACUCUCACGGCGGGCACACUCACGGUGGGCACUCUCAUAGGAAAUAUGAUAAGUCCGAUAAAUCAGCAAAGAAGGAAGCUCAAGAGGAGGCUUACAACCUCAUGGUGAAAAGCCACUGUGGUCAUCCAGGUGACCAUGCUGUCCAGAUUGAAUCAGACAUCAUCCUAAGCCAUAACCUGGACGUCCAGAUGAAUGGUGACAUCUCGCUGGAGUCACUUGAGCCCAGUACAGAUUCAGCCUCCCAGCUGAACAUGCGCGGAGUCUUCCUGCACGUGCUGGGCGACGCCCUCGGCUCGGUCAUUGUAGUGGUCAAUGCUCUAAUCUUCACGUUUGUAUGGAGGCCGUGCCAUGGGGAGGAGACCUGUAGUAAUCCCUGCUACAACAGCCACUGCUCUGACCACCAGCACACACAUUCAGAAAUGGUGGGUUUGUCCAAUGGCACUGCUGGUGUUGUCUCGGUAGCUGGACCCUGCUGGGUACUCUACCUGGACCCCACGCUGUGUGUAAUAAUGGUGGUCAUCUUGCUUUACACCACCUUCCCCCUUUUAAAAGAGUCAGCCCUCAUUCUCCUGCAGACUGUGCCCAAGCAGAUUGACAUGCAGAGACUGGACGGUAAGCUGAGGAGCUUAGAGGGGGUCCUGGCUGUCCAUGAGCUCCACAUCUGGCAGCUGGCCGGCAGCAGGAUCAUCGCCACGGCCCACGUCAAGUGCCCUGACCCGACCUCCUACAUGGACAUAGCCAAACGCAUCAAAAGCUUCUUCCAUGAUGAAGGCAUUCACGCCACCACGGUCCAACCAGAGUUCUCCUCUGACGUAACGGAGUCCAGCGUCUCCGAGUGUGAGCUCCCCUGUUAUAGCCAGUGUGCCCCGAAACUCUGCUGUGACACAAACUGGAAAUCCGGGUCUGAAUCGGAAGCACUGGUAGGCACAGAGGAUUUCUCCAGUCAAAGCACUCCUCAACAACACACUGUCAGCUGGAAUAUCAAGCAGGAGCCAGAAGUUGUUCUGCAGGCGCAAAUGGAAUCUACAGUUUAAGUCCAACACUGAAAUGACACUCAAGUUAGCUGUAUUUUAAUGAUGUUUAUUACAUAUAUUGUUCAAGCUACUGUGUUGAAUUUGCCAGUUGCUCCAGAGCAGUUGUUGAGACAGAGUCAAAUCUGCUUAUGGCAGAAUUAUUCUGAGAAUGGUGUACCUCAAAGCCAUGUUAGUUUUCUAAUCACAGUACUGUAUGUUUACCUGUUUAACAAAACUAAAUACAAUUCCUGAGGUUACUUCUGGUCAUUGAUCAGUUAGAUGUUUAUAAAAGAUGAGAAAAACGUCUAUGCAAAUAAAGCGUGCAUUAAAGGAAAGACUACUGUUUCAAUCGAUGUUGACAUUUUAGUAGUAUAGUGCAAUAAUUAACUGUAUUAUUUUGUAGCUGUAAUUUCAAGGAGUUUGGAGCACUUUAUAGCCAUAAUGUUCACUUCUUGCACAUCAGUGGGAGUGCUACCCAAGUGCUUUAUGCAGUAUAAAUAUGUAUCAAUAAAGGCAUAAAAUAUUUACAUUGUGUGUUAUCAUAAAGUUAUUUUAGUUGAGUAUUAUGACACUGUUAGCUGUAAUGUCCACCAAGAGCCAGAAGUUGGACGGCAGACACCAAAAUGUCCAAUAUGAACAUGAAUUAAUAAGCCCAAACUGAAAAACAAGAAGGGUUUUCAUGAAUUUCCCUCAAAUGAGAAAAAGUUAUUUACAUCCUAAUAACAUUGUUACAUAUAUUUUUGCAGGAACUAUGUUGGACUAGCCUAUAAGUCCAGAGCAGUAGAACAAACGAGAGUCAAAUCUGCUUAUGGUAGAAUUAUGUUUCUGAGA